CUGAGAUAUUGUUUAGAUUGUGGACUCUUACUUUGACAUGCCGGCAUAGGUGGAUGGACAGGCGAGCACAUCAGAUGUCACUGUUUGGCAGCGGAUGAAAGUCAGGGAUAGUUAUAUUGCUAAGCACCAGAGCCACGAGACUAGGCUCAGGGAAGGAGAUGGCCCUUCCUUCCCGCAGGCACUAGUGGGUCGAACCCAGCUGGCACCUUCUGGAACUCUGUUCUUGGAGAGCAGCCCAGCCCACCCACACUGGGAGCACAGCGCCCUCGAAGUCCCAGCGAGGAGGGGCAGAGCGCGCUGCUGGCCUCUGAUCUCAGCCAGCCUCAAGUUCAGAACCCCACCCUGCCAGGAAUAAGUCACCGCAGCGACCGGCCACCAUCGCCUGGCACUGACUGAGCAUGUUUAACUACGAACGUCCCAAGCACUUCCUCCAGUCCCCGAGCCCCUGGGGCUCCAGGCUGCAGCCACCUGCACCAGAAACGUCCAGCAUCUCAAGCCAGACCAAACAGUCCUCCAUCGUCAUCCAGCCCCGCAGAUGUACCGAGCAAAGAUUCUCUGCCUCAGCCACCGUGAGCUCUCAGGUCACCAUGUCCUCCUCCGGUUACCCGGCCCCUCAGCAGCCCGCUGGCUCCAACCCAGGCCAAAGGGUCACAGCUACCUAUCACCAGUCCCCGGCCAGCUUCCUAAGCUCCAUCUUGCCAUCUCAGCCCGAUUACAGUAGUGGCCAAACCCCUUCCACCGUGGACUCGAACUAUCAACAAUCUUCUGUUGGCCAACCUGCAAAUGCCAAGCCAGCCCAGCCUGCACAUUCUAAGCCUGCACCAAGGACUCCUGACCAUGAGAUACAAGGCUCAAAAGAAGCUUUGAUUCAAGAUUUGGAGAGAAAGCUGAAAUGCAAAGACCCGCUCCUUCCUAAUGGAAAUCAACGGCUGACAUACGAGGAAAAGAUGGCCCGCAGAUUGCUUGGACCACAGAAUGCAGCUGCUGUGUUUCAGGUUCAAAACAGUGACACACAGGACUCACCGCAGCAGCACAACCCUGAGCAUGCACGACUCCAAGUCCCUGCAGCACAAGUAAGAAGUAGAUCCUCUUCAAGGGCAGAUGCGAACGAUCAAGAUGCCAUCCAAGAGAAGUUUUACCCACCCCGUUUCAUCCAAGUGCCAGAAAACAUGUCCAUGGGAGAAGGAAUGUUCUGUAGGAUGGAUUUCAAAGUGAGCGGCCUGCCAGCUCCGGACGUCUCGUGGUAUCUGAACGGAAGACCAGUCCAGUCGGAUGAGCUGCACAAAAUGAUUGUGUCUGAGAAGGGCUUUCACUCCCUCAUCUUUGAAGCAGUCAGAGCGUCGGAUGCGGGCGCCUAUGUGUGUGUGGCCAGGAACCGAGCCGGGGAAGCCACCUUCACCGUGCAGCUCGACGUCCUGGCAAAAGAACACAAAAGAGCACCGAUGUUUAUCUACAAACCACAGAGUAAAAAAGUUUUUGAAGGGGACACAGUAAAACUGGAAUGCCAGAUCUCAGCCAUACCUCCACCAAAGCUUUUCUGGAAGAGGAACAAUGAGAUGGUCCAGUUCAACACAGACCGAAUAAGCUUGUAUCACGAUAAUGCUGGGAGAGUUACUUUACUGAUCAAAGAUGUGACUAAAAAAGACGGAGGCUGGUACACCGUGUCGGCAGUCAAUGAAGCCGGAGUGACCACGUGUAACACCAGAUUGGAUGUCACAGCCCGUCCGAACCAAACUCUUCCGGCUCCGAAACAGUUGCGGGUCCGGCCAACUUUCAGCAAGUAUUUGGCCCUGAAUGGAAAAGGUUUAGAUGUGAAGCAAGCUUUUAACCCAGAGGGAGAAUUCCAGCGUCUGGCAGCUCAAUCCGGAUUGUACGAGAGCGAAGAACUCUAACAGCUCCGACCACAGAGCACCAAUAGUGUGGAUGAUGUUUUCCGCCGCAUACAUCCAUAACUGUAUUAACAGGUUAUGGCUUGAACUAGAUACUCUAACUAAUACACAUGUAUAACGUGACUCAUCCUCUGACUCUUCACAUUUCCAUCCACUUCUCCGAUUUUCAAAGCCCCACAGGAAACGGGCCAUCUGGAUGUGUUUGUCCUUAAAAGUGGGGAUUCUGCUAUUUAACAGCAACAGAGGGAUGGAUCUUAACGCACACGCAGCAGUUGUUGGUUAUGGAUGAAUAACAUUUGAAACACAUUUAGUGCUUGCAGUCAGGCUCCUGGUACUGCUUAACACAUAACUGCUUUACCUGUGUUCUCUUAGGAAUACUAACACGAAUCAUGUGAGCAGUGCUGUGCCAAGACAAUAAAAUUCAGAGUUAAAACAGAG